AUGUCCUGCGUUGCACCAGGGCUAGAUGCAGCGGAUGGAAUAAUGCCACCUAGUGCGACCUUGAGCUGGCCACAGAGAAGUGGAGCGAUGAAGAGGACAGGGAACCGGAAGCUCGGUAGAUCGCUGUCGAUCAAGGCCUUGGAGGAUGAAGGGGGGCUACAGCAGCCGGAGUUCAUCUCGAGGAAGUCAGGGGAUUUCCCUGUCAGUCUUACCUGCUUGUCGGCAGUCGCCAACAUGCAGGACAAUGGGAAGUUUGGAGAGGCGCAGCAGGAGCUGGAGGACAUCGUGUCAGGGUCGAAGAGCAGGAGGGAGAUGGCGAUGGCUUGCUUGCUUCUUGGGGAGCUGUUCAACCGAUGGGGCUCAUGCUCGCAGAGCUACUCGAUCGAGAUCAUGGCGAAGGGAGCUAUGUACGCCAGCCGCGCUGUUCAGCUGUACAAGGAGGACGAUUCGGACAUGGACAUUGAAUUUCGCAAGUUCUCGUUGUACUGGAAGGCAAUCAACUGCGCAUCAGUGGCGAGUUUGGGCGGUUGCAACACGUGGUCGGCAGAUGCUGCCAUGCAGGAGGCCGAGAUUGCGAUGCAAGAGAUGUCUCUGACGCGGAUCAACAGCACUCCGAAGCAGGUCAUGGAAGACGGAGGGUAUCAGGAUUUCGUUCAUGGAAUGCUCAUAUACUGCAAGGCCUUGGGUGUGGAAAGGGGAUAUUUCACUCUGAAGGACGGCAAAGAUCUGAAUAGUUUGUUGCUGGAGAGUCUGCAGAUGUUCCAGGAUUCUUAUGAGAAGUUAAUUGCUAGCUGCGGCGAGUUGAACAACCAAACGGUGAAGACUGUGACUAUGAUUUCUACGAUGAACAAGAUGCUGGGGAAUAAGGAAGAGGCAAUAAGGUGGGCCGAGAAAGAAGUUCAUUUGAGAAACAAGCUCCAUGGGGACCUGAACGUUCGAACACAAAUCGCCAAGAAGAAGCUGGAGGAAAUGACGGGGAUUCAGGAGGCAGACGAGGCUGAGGAGGAGGACGACCCUUCGUUGUAUGGAUCGUCCUUGAUCGAUCCAUCGGAGAUUGUGUGGAGUCUGAACCCGUUCGAACUCACGCGUGAGUACAAGAUCAACUGCAUCUUGCAGAUGUUCAAGUGCAGCGGCCUCUCGGAGUUGUUCAACAUACCCGAGGAUCGACUGCUUAGGUUCGUGCUCAAAGUUCGAAAGUCAUACCAUGAGGAGAACGCGUUUCACAACUGGAAGCAUGCCUGGUCCGUCACUGUAUGUGGAUUUCUCAUCAUGCAGGAGAUCGGAGCGGAGAAGUUCCUGCUUCCGACAGACAGACUAGCAAUCCUGAUCGCUUGCAUUAUCCACGACAUCGAUCAUCCGGGAUAUCCUGUGCUGAACGUGUUGGAGCACAUGCACUGGUCGAGAGGGAAGGAGCUGUUGUCGGAGGGUUGCGACACGGACAUCCUUGUAAAUACUACAGCUGAGCAGAGAAAAGAGAUCCUGGACCAGAUCUACGAAGGGAUCAUGUCGACUGACAUGCAGAACCACAAGCAGAUCGUGAAGGAGAUGGAGGCGAGGGUGGAGGAGCAGAAGAGCUACGACAUCAACAUCCCCCGCGAUCGUGUGGAGCUUGUUCAGGCGAUUGUACAUUGUGCCGACCUCUCCGGUCAGACUCUGGAACCGGAGGUGGCAUAUCAGUUCGGCAGAGGGGUGAUGGAGGAGUUUCACAUACAGUCGCAGAGGGAGAAGAAUGAGAAUCUCAUGGAAACUCCCUUCAUGAAGGGCCUGCACAAGCCGCUCGCUCAAGCCAAGGCUCAGCUUGGCUUCUUGCAUUAUGUCGUGGGGCCACUGUGGAAGAGCCUUGCCAUCAUCUUCCCUCAGCUGUCGCUCCGUAGCGAGCGGAUCGAGGAGAGGUGCAGUGAGAUCGACUUCGAGAAACUCGACGUGUGGAAGGGGAAGCACGAGGGGCUGCAAAACAUGCACGUGGAGGACCUCUUCGACUAG